CCGGUCAAGGCAGAGGCCGGUCAAUAGGACGACUGGCGGCACUAUGAAGCAGAUCCGGCAGAGACGCGCCGCUAUGCUGGCGUUUGUCGUAGCAUUUGUCCUCGCAGUGACACUACCGCAGUCGGCGGCACAACAGAACAACAACUUCUACUUUGCCCAGUCGCAGGGCCGAUUCGUGCCAUCGUUCGAAAACCCUCGGAAUGGGUUCUUUCCGUCGACACUGCAGCGACAGCAGCCACCGCCGGACUCGUACCAGGAGCAGACUCUGUUCGUGAACAGCAACAACGUGGACCGAGGCUCCAGCUCCAACGACGGCCCGCCCGGCUCGCGCGGCAUUACGCCGUCCUACUAUCAGUUUACAUACACGACCCCUCGGAGUGGGGAUAUUUUCGAAAUAUCACCACGACCGUUCUCCGCGACGCCAUCGUCCAACUCCGGCUUUCAGUUCGCGCGCAGUCCACUGAGAAGCGACUUCUUCUCUAAUGGACUCACGCCCAGCCGGAACUUCCCGGCCGGAGCGAAUCGGCCGCCGGUCAGCUCGCAGCGCAAAAGUCCCUUCAGCUCGACGGCCGGGUUCGUGGAGCCCUCGACCACCGAAACGCCACCGCGUCCACCGCCAGUGGCAGCCCCGGCGCCAGCAGCACCGGAAGCAGCAUCGGUACGUGAUCGCCAGUUGUCGUACAUCUCGAGCCGUGCCCGACCGUUCGCGGCCGAAGAGCAGCAGUCACGCGGCCAGCAGCCUCGGCAGCCACAACCUCGCAGCCCCUCGCAGCUGACCGCACCCGGAGCCGGCGGCAGCACUCGCAACAGUUACUCGAGUUCUAGAUCGAAGCCGACCGAUAGUGCUGCUGCGCCACCGGGCGGUCGGCCGGUGAGCCCUCAGAAUGGAAGCUCCAGCAGUAACGGUGGCAGCAGUCGUUUCGGUGGCUCCGGCAGGACCACGCUACGCCCGAGUCGCUAUCGAUCGACGUCCACCACGCCGCCACCGACGUCGACGACCACGGAAGCGGUGACCGAGCGAACCACGGCGGCCGCGGACAGUGCCGCCGUGCGCAAUCGGUUCAGUGGACGGACACCUGCACCGAGCGCGUUCCGCCAAGCGUUCGAAGCCAAGCGGGUCCUCUCGCCAAACAGUGCCGUGGUGGCACCGCGCGCAUCAUUCGUUAACCCGGCGAAACCGAAACUUCCGACGACCAGCACCACCACAACGACCACGACGACGACUUCCAAAGUGCCGAUCCUGUCGCGAUUCAUCCACCAGGCGGCGAAACCGAUCAUUCCGAGCAUCAACAUCACCCACAAUGGGUCGGCCAAGUCGGCCGAGGUGAUCUACGACUACGAGGACUACGAGGAGUCGAAAGAGUCGACCGGUUUCGACGGCGAAAAGGGGCAGGAAAUCAACGACUUCCAGCCGACGCCGGUGGCGAAGAACAACUCUAUCGCUCUGGGUGCUCCGGACGAGCGGACGUCGGCCGGGAGCGAAUCCUCGACCAGCGGCAGUGAGGUGAACCAAGCCGACAAACCAGAGUCAGAAGAUCCAGACGGGAGACUGAAUAACAUUAGCGAGAACGAGUACUACGAUUCGGUGCGCGAAGCCGAAGCCGGCCAAACCCCAGGCGAUUCGGUGGGCGUUGAGGACCACACGAUGAUUUUGACCGACAACUUCUACCUACCGGGCUCGGACGAAACGUUCGAGGAGGAGGACGAGGAACCGGAGAGCCUGCAGCGGGAGAUCAACGGUACGGCGGAACUGGGUGCCGAUCAGCAGGAGAAGGUAUACGACGAGGAGUACGUGUAUGAGGAUGAGGAAGCACCGACGACGACGGUUAAGCCGACGAUUAAGAGCGUCCCGGCGCCACCUUCAAUCGCCCAAGACCCGAUCGACACUUUACAGUUCUCGGAUGAAGAUUUGAGGGACCCCGAGCCGGUGGCAAGUGCUCCAACCUUGCCCGAACCGACGGUGCAGGCCACCAAGGAAUCACCGACCGAAGCGACAUCGACGGCGGCCCCGAAUGUGAGCUCCGAAUCGACCACGCAAACGGAGGGCAAUCCUUCGUCGACGACCGAGCGCAUCGCAAGCUCGAGUGAAGCGGAAGGCGCAACGAAUGCGACCACCGAGAGCUGGGUCGUGGUCCACACGAGCCGCAGUGUUUCCGGCGCGCGGUUCCUGCCCUUCCCGCAGGUCGAGCAGGACGAGAAGAAGCAACCGGAGCAGGACUCGAAGGGCAGCAACGAGAGCGGCGAUCUGGACGUCACGACGGCCAGCAUGAGCGAAGAGGCGGACCGCGCGACAACCGUCGCUCCGCAGCAGCCCGUCAUCGGGGUGACGGGGGUGGGGGAUGAGGGGUCCGACUCGAUGACGACCGAGAAGUCGUUGAUUGCUCACUCGACCGAGAGUAUUAUCGACAAGCUGGACCGCGUGCAGUCGGAACUGUCGAGCGGACUGUUUGCCGGUAAGUUCCCGGUGCUGAAGGACCCCGCAUCGGAGGACCCCAAGCUGGCCAGCUCGACGGUGCUGCCCUCGGUGGUGAUAAGGAAGUUCCAGCCGAACGGCCGGGCAACGACUACGAAGAAACCUCGCCCGGGGCUGACGACGACGGUGAAAUCUGUCGCGACCACCGAAAGUCUGGUGAAAAAAAUUAAAUUCGAAACCAUCGAAGACAUUGCGGCUCUGCUGCCGGCAGACUAUAGGGCCAAAAAUGGUAAACUGAAGAAACCGGAAGCGCCGGCGGAUCCAGUGGCACCAGCAACGAAGGAAACGCUCGCGGACGAAGCCGGCGCCCGUCCGGAGUUGGGUAAUCGAUUCCGCAGUGCGAACAUUAGCCGAUCGUACAAGAGCAAUGUGCCGAUCCAGGAGCUGAGCUCGCUGCUACCGAAGGACUACAAGCUGAAUCGCACCGACGAGGACAUCAAGAACACGAACAACCUGAAGGAACUGAUCAGCAAGGUGAAGGUAAGCGAGAAGCCCAACGCAACGUUGGACGUGUUGAAGAAGGCCCAGAAGGUGGACAUCAGUGCGUUCCUGCCGCCAGGCUACAAGGCUCCAACGGCGGAAACGAAACCCGAAACAAGCCCCGGCUCCAAGGGUCCCGUAUCAUUAGAGGAUGAUGUGAGCAAGUUCCUGCCGCCGGGCUACAAGUCGUUCAAGACCACGAAAAAAACGACCACACCGGCUCCGGUGACGAUAAAAGACGACAUCAGCAAGUUCCUGCCGGCGGGCUACAAGGUGGCCAAGGGCAGCACGCCGGUGGACAGCACUUCCGAGCGGUCGAAGAUCGCGCUCAGCAGUGACCUGAGCAAGCUGCUCCCGCCGGGCUACAAAGCUUCGGUCGAAGAACCGAAGCUCGAAGCGGAGCCUAUCGAUCCGAGCAGUUUGCUGAAGAAGAUACAGUUCAAGGACGUAUCGGCACUGCUUCCGCCCGGGUUCAAUGGGUCCAAGCAGGACGACUCGGCGAGCACACUAGCAACGCCGCCGGUCGGUGGCAACGGGUUCAAGGUGGUGUUCCCCAGCCGACCGGGAGCGAAGAAAGCCCUGCCAGGAACGGCCGCACGAUCCACCACGGCCAAACCGCUGCAUGCCGAAGGUCCCGGGGUACCGAAGAUAGAAAUCCGCAAGGGACCACCGACGAGGGCCACCACAGAGUUCACUGGCUGGCCGACUCCUUCGACGACACCGAUUUCGAUCGAAAAGUUGCUCGAACAGCAGAAGCAGCAGGAGCUGCUAGAAAAGCUUCUCGCUUCCUCGACCAGUACGACAACGACCACUACCACGACGACCACAACGACAACCACAACAACGCCACGACCCACGGAACCGGGUCUGUGCCACUCGGAGUGCGAUCUGGCCGGCACGAUUCGUAUCGUCGACGGUGUCAAGUGGGUACCGGAGCUGCUGGAUCACAACACGGCCGAGUGGAAGAAUUUGGCGCACGAAGUGGAAGCGGAGCUGAACGAGGUGUACAGCAACGCGAAGAAUCUGAGCAAGUGGUACAAAAAGGUGCGCAUCGACAGCUUCAACAAGGGCAGCGUGCUGGUCGAUUAUUUCGUCGAGCUGACGGAUCUGACGCGGGACGUUAACACGCUCGAAAUAAGAAAGCUGUUCCACGAGGCCUUGGUGCCGGUUAGUGAGCCAACCACCACAACGUCCACGACGGCCAGCAGCAGUCUGGAGGAGUCGGAGGACUCCGAGCGAUCAGAGGACAACGAGACGGAACAGCGAGAGAACCUGCAACCGCCAGUGCCCCGUGUCAAGGAGGUGUUCCAGCUGGGCAAGUUUAAGGUCGAUCCGGUGUACACCGAUUUCAGCGUCAUUCCGAAGCCGAUCGUCGUGGCGGGACCAGCAAUCGAGGACAAUCUGCUCCUGCCACAGUGGGCCAUUGCCGUGAUAGUGAUUGGCCUAGCAUCGCUUCUGUUCGUUAUCCUGUUCGGUGUCACUGUGCUCAUCAACCGCCAAAAGGCCUCGAAAAAGAAGGCUCCAACCCCACUGACGGCGGACAUGCUGAACGAGCUGAACAAGAACCACAUGGGAGGGAUCGAAAACUUUGGCUCGGAGGAUCUGUACAACCUGGACGAUGCGUGGGACGAUCGUAUGCACGACGUAAAGCCAAAGCGAUUCUCCAACUCGAUGCACGGCAGCAGCGCAUCGAACAUCUACGACAGCUGGCGAUCGCAGCGUCAUCCGGAGAACUUCUUCUACGAUGACUACGGACUGAAGGGGUCGCACUACCCGCCGAACGGGCACCAUAGGUUACACGAUCCGGCGGCGUUCAUGAUGCACGAGCCGCCGCCUCCGCCGGUGAUGGCCAUGUACCCGCCGUACCACCAUGCGCCGCCACCACCCAGUAGUCACCACUUUAGCAAUAGCUCACGACGCUACUAUCGAGAUUACGAUCCCAACUUCUGAAAUGGCUCGUCCUGCCAUGGUGUCGAAGAGGUUUACUGCUUCCAAAAAGUACCCACUAGGUAGCACACACACACACCACACGUCCACGUUGCGUUUGUUGCUGUUUUUUCCAGCCACACAAACACGUCCCAUGCCUUGCUCGAAGCGGGCUCGGGAACCGGGCGUACCGUUACGGUAGGAUAUCGUACGAGAGAGAGACCGAGAGAUAGUGAGCGU